AUGACAAUUCACCUUUCGUUGACAAGUCGUGGUGUGCUAUCUCGACUAGUAAAGCAAGGACUAAGUUUCAAGCGCUAUAUAUCCAACAUCAACUCGCCAUUCCAAGAUGACUUGACCGAUUUAGAUUUAGAUGAAUUUGGUCUCGGAGAUUUUCGCCACUACAAAGAAUCACCUCAAGUAAGCGAAUACAAGAAGAAGCAAUUGAAGGAUCUACUCUAUGAUAAUGAAGAGCUGGAGAUUCCAACCCCCACACAAGCAGGCAAACUAGAGUCUAUUGCAGCAAGAAAUGAGCCCACCGUUUUUGUCUCCAAGCUUUCUGAUCCAUAUUUGAACUUAGCCAUUGAAGACUACGUGUAUAAUAAAAUACCGAUAGCCAAGGACUCCCCAUUUAAAGCACAAAGGCUAAUGUUCUACACAAAUUCACCUUGCGUUGUUAUUGGAAAGAAUCAAAAUCCUUGGAAAGAAGUCAAUUUGCCCAAGAUGAAUGAAUGUGGGAUUCCUUUGAUUAGGAGAAAGUCAGGUGGCGGUACUGUAGUUCAUGAUUUGGGAAAUGUUAAUUAUUCAUUCAUGACAACAAAGCAAGACUUCGAUCGAUUUAAAUUUGUAGACUUGAUUGUUGACUCGAUUAAUAGGUCGAAUAUCACAUCAACGAAAAUUGAAGUUAAUCAUCGAGGUGAUAUUGUGGCUCGAAACGGCAACAAGGAAUUGAAAAUUAGUGGCUCGGCUUAUAAGCUAUCUCGAGGCAAAUCCUACCAUCAUGGAACCAUGUUACUAAAUCUGGAUUUGCAAAGAUUGAAACAAGUGUUGCAUCGCGAUGUGGUAGAAUUGGGAGUGGUUGAUGCCAGUAAAACUAUUGAUUCGGUGAAGGCAAAAGUUACCAACUUGCAGAUUCCACAGGAGAGCUUUGUCGAUCUAGUUUCCAAAGGGUUUAAACUUGAGUAUGGGAUACUGGAUGCAUCUUCAACGGAAUUGAAAAAUGAAGAUGAUCCUAAUAAAGAGUUUAACGAGAUGAUGGGAUUGACAGAUUUUGUCAGUGCAGUUAAACUGGCCAAUACCUUUGAAAUUGAUGAGUCUGUUGAGUUACCCGAGGAGGUAUUUACUGUUGCCGAUGAGUUGAAAUCGUGGGAGUGGAAAUUUGGCCGUACUCCCUCCUUCACACAUACACUUGAAAAUGCAAAGCAUGGUAUUUGUAUAAAACUUACAGUAGACAUGGGAAUAAUAAAGAGUAUUGAAUGGGGAGAUGCAAAUUCGCAUUAUAGUCCGACAUUGUGGAACGAAGUCAGUGGGAAAUUAUGUGGAAUUCAAUAUAGAGGCGAUUCGAUUGAACAAUCAUUGGGUGGUGAUAGAUCUACUCACAAAUUGGGCAGCUGGUUGCAUAAAGCCAUCGAUGGUGUAUAG